GAAGAGAGUGAAAGAGAGUACAGACACAUGGAGAGCAACGGACACUGCAGGAGUGGAGGAGAGAGGAACAGAGAGAAUAAACGGAUGAACAGACAGACGGAGAAUGAAGGAUUUUGAAAACCAGUGAGCUGGAUGAGAGGAGACAAUCACUGCUGCAUCCUUGAAAAAGAGUGAGUGAGGAAGGCAUGGCAUGAGAGGGGUGGCAGAAGGGAAGAUGUGAGACAGAGUGGCUACAAAAAAAUUAAGGGAACUAAAAAAGAUUCUUGGAUGGUUGACAAAAUAAGAGAUUUGCACCCUUCAAACACGACUGAGUGUAACAGCAACAGCUACCACUGAUUCAGGUCAGUGGUUUGCUUUCAGUGGGAAAGGAAAAGAGGAAUCAUUUCAGAGCAUGUACUGUACAUGCUUCUCUAUUAGGUUUCACUGUUGUAGUAGAAAGUUUGGAGUACUUUGAAUAGAGGGAGCAGGGAGAGAGGGAGAGGGAGACUAAAACACCAAAAAAGGUCUGGAGUCAGAGCUGGAGAGAUCGCAGGCUUGACAGAUGCUGCACAGCCACGGGGAGAGGAGAAUAAGGAGACACAGACAGACAGACAGACAGACAGAGGACGGGACAGACAUACAAAGACAAACAGGAGAGAGAAUAAAAGUAAGUGACAAACUAGUAGCAAAGGGCAGAAAAGGGAAGAUAACUGUUAAAAGAGGAUGUCUGCAUAGAAAACACACACUCCUGAUGAUCAAGCAGAGUAGGUACAGAGAAAAGGCAGGUCAGGAGAGGCGGGGGGGUGGGGUUGGGUGGUGAUCCAGAAAGAUAUCCAGAGUGUGUGUAUGUGUGUGUGUGUGUAGGUGGGGAGGGUGCAGUCCAGAAAAGACAGGGAGGGUGGGCUGUUACUGUAAAUGUGAUAGAUUCAAAAGAGCAACCAGAGCAACUGUAAACCCAGAGGACAAGGAAGAUCCAGCUUGCUUUACUGUAAGUCCAACACAACAUGGACAACAGGUUUUCAUUACAACUCUAAACCCAACAAACCUCUCACUCACCGGGCGUCAUGUCGACGGGCCCUGGCCUUGGUGCACUGGACCUGGCUGAGGGCCCUCAGACUACAGGACCGGUUGGCCUCCAGACCCUGUUGGACCUACUGGUGGGCGUCUACCAGGAGUUCUGCUCCUCGCCCUUUGCAAGGGAGAAGUAUGUCUCUGGUUUCCUGCAAUGGGCGGAGCCCCUGGUGAGGCAGGUGAGGAAGACUCGUAUCAAAAGAGAGGACUUUCACAUCCUGAAGGUGAUUGGCCGAGGCACAUUCAGUGAGGUUGCUGUGGCAAGGAUGCGAAGCACACAUCAAGUGUAUGCUCUAAAGAUUAUGAAUAAGUGGGACAUGCUGAGGCGAGGAGAGACAGCAUGCUACCAAGAGGAAAGGGAAGUUUUGCUGAGGGGUGACAGACACUGGAUCACUGAGUUGCACUAUGCCUUUCAGGAUGACAACUAUCUGUAUCUGGUGAUGGAUUACUAUGUUGGGGGGGACCUGCUGACUCUGCUCAGCAAGUUUGGAGACCGGCUCACUGAGGACAUGGCUCAAUUCUACCUGGCUGAGAUGGUCAUGGCCAUUGACUCUGUCCACAGGCUGGGUUACGUACACAGAGACAUCAAACCUGACAAUAUCCUGCUGACAGCUGAGGGACACAUCAGACUCGGGGACUUUGGCUCCUGUCUGAGGCUCCUAGACGACGGGAUGGUUCACUCAUCCCUUGCAGUCGGGACCCCUGACUAUUUGUCUCCAGAGAUUUUGAGGGCAGUAGAGGGAGGUGGAGGUUAUGGUCCUGAAUGUGACUGGUGGGCUCUGGGUAUCUGUGCCUAUGAGAUGCUGCUGGGGACCACACCGUUCUAUGCAGAGUCCAUCUCUGAAACAUAUGCAAAGAUCAUCCACUUUCAGGAGUAUUUUGAGUUCCCUCCAUCUGGCCCUGAGGUUUCAGACAAGGCUCGCUCCUUCAUCACUGGACUCAUCUGUGAGAGGGAAGUCCGUCUGGGAAGGAAAGGCUUAAGUGACUUCAGGAGCCAUCCUUUCUUCUGUGGACUAGACUGGGGUUCCCUGCAUAAACUCCCUGCCCCCUUCCUGCCUGAAGUAUCUAAUCCAACUGACACCUCCAACUUUGAUAUUCUGGACGACUGUCUCAGUGAAAUGGAGACGCUGUCAGAUGUAAUGGACAGAGCUCCAAUAGGAGUACACUUGGCUUUUGUUGGAUAUUCUUACACUGCUACCAGUCAGACAGGUGCCAUCGACCGCAGCACAGACAUCAUGAUGCAGAUUGACCACAGGAGGCUUAGAGAGUGUGGGAGUCUUUAUUCCCCAGAGAAACUGCCCAGAGACACGCUAUCAGAGGACCUGCCUGCACUGCUGGAGCUCCCACUCACUCUGGAGCAAGGUCCUACUGCAUCCACCCACACCACAACCGGAGAGGAGACUGACCAAAUAUCAGGACUUGAUGAAGAUUUGCAGAGACGCUUACAUGAAGCAGAGAGGAGAUACUGUGAGCUGGAGAAAGAAAUGGAGAGACUGAAGGGGGAGAUGCAGGAUGGGAAAGCCCCCAAGGAGACAGAGCUGAGUAUCUGCCCAGCAUCUCUUGCUCUGCCUGCCCACUGUGUGGAUGCACCAGGGGAUAGGAAGAGAGCGCCCCCAGCCUGCCAUUACCCACUGGUGAUUCCCCUCCACCGCCACCUGCUCCUGUUCCACAGGGUUCGCCUGCCACAGGUGAGGAGUGAGUCAUACCUGCUGGUGUGUGCAGAAGGGGGGGAGCUCCAAGCCUGGGAGAGACAAUGUCAUACUGAGCUCUCCUGAAUGCACCUUGAGGUGGCACAUGCUGACUUCUCCCACUAGCGCAGGACUAAAGGACUUAGCCUAAGCUUCCCAAGAAGACAAGCUGCGGGUGUCAUUACUAUAGGUCCUAUAGUAAUGACACCCGCAGCCCUCAUGAGAAGCGUUUUAUUUUGGAACAUCUCCUAUAGUAUAGGAGAUGUUCCAAAAUAAAGUUUUCCAGCUGAUAUGAUGAGACAGGCAGGUCAGACACUGGGAAGUAAUGAGGAAGAAAUGAUGAGGGACAUCUUCUGACCUCCCUUGCCUGCUUACCAGACUGACAGCUGUGAUAGAGAUGCACUGAGUUGAGAGCACACUGAGAAAAAGACUCUUUAAUGUGUGACAAUGACAAUGAUGUUUGAGUGACAGCGAAAGGGGCCAGAAAAAAAAUCACUCCAUGAGCAUACUAUCUUCAGGCAUUUUGGACCAUAUUGGUGCAUUUAGUUUUUACAGUAAAUAUGAUCUCAUGUAUCUGCACUAGGGGUGGUUUGUACUUGUGUUGCACUAUAGGCAUGUUUUUGCUGUGCCUUUUUUAGUAUUGAAAAGGUUACUAAUAAUAACCAUGAUAUCUGGGUUUUGGUAUUAUAAUGGUUUAUGCAUAUUAACGUAGGCCAUAGCACCACAAGUUCUUACAGUGUGAAAGGUGUGCAGCAUAAAUAAAGGCAAACAUAUUGGAGAGUUACUGUGGGGUGGAAGAUAUGUAGCAUGGUUAAGGUCAGAUAUGAAGCAUAAAUAAGGUCGAGCACUGAGUCGCACUUGUAUUAGUUGAUCAGCUGUUUCAUUUAUGCUUUGCAAUGAUAGGCUCAUUCACAGCUGUGUGGCUAUACCAGUAUGUCCAGUCAUAUUUAUUCAGUUGGUCAACAUAGCCAUUAUAAACAGUGUCAUAGCCAGGACUUUCUAAAUACUAAAGCCAGUCACCAAGGUUCCCCAGUGCACUUCCACCCCCUCAUGAAAUUUUUUGACAUGUCGCCAAAAAUGUCCCACUCUUUUCCACUAAUUAAACUGUUGAAAUCUAUUCUCUGAAAGUUAUAUCUCCCUACGUGAUUGUCUAAAUGCUAUUUCAAAGCUUUCCCCACAAGAAUCUAAUUGUGGUGGGAGAAAUAUAAAUUUUCUUUAUUCUUAUCAUGUUUUGGCCUAACAGUCAAAUUAAACAAUUGGGGGAUUAAAACUUAAUUUGUGUGUAAUUUAUUUGUAAUUGUGGAAUGUAAACUUUCUCUGGUUGUUUAAAACUCUCAAAUUCUCAAAACAAUACUAUGGAUAUGACCUUGGUGUUAUCACUGGGAGCUAAGGCCCUGAUUAUAACCUGUACUUCUCACAAUCUCUCUGAUGAUACUUUCAUGCCACAGCUGUUAGCUGCCACAGCUCUGUCCUUAAGUUUUCUGUCCAAAAAAUUCACUUCCUCUGUUAGUCUCUGACUGAAAUUCCUGUAGAUUGAACUGGGUGAGGUGUCAGCAAUUAUUUUUGUUAAAUGACAAUCCAUAAGAUUUUGGCUUAUUGAUUUAGAUGAAACAUUUUGUGUAAAGCAGGAAUUGCACUGAUGUGUUGCACUCAAAGUAGACUAAACAAUCCUGAAAUCAACCCAUUCUGAACACAAACACCACCAUUUGUGUUUUCUGCUACAUAAUUAAUCAGCCCCUCUUGCUCUAUUUAUUGUUAGACUCUCAAUAAAACUCUAUUGGCGUUGUCAGAAAUGUAAAACAACACUUCCACUACAGAGGAGGAUUUUCUCAGAGGAACCCCAAAAGCUUUCAUGGACUGAGCCAGUUCAGUUGCUAUUAAUUUCAGUCAGUGACAGAGAAUAGCAAAUGUGGGUUAUUACUUUGGUAAUAUUUUAUGGUGAGUGCUCAACAUAUUUAAGUGAAAUCAAGUGAAUAUAUUUGUAAAAUGCUUCAAGAAACUGGUCACAAAGUGCUUUGCACAUUUCAUAUAAACAAGCACAGAAGGAAAGACAGACUGUAAGGAAGGAAAUAAAGGGAAAAAUAAUGGCUGAUCUAGUGGAAUCUAAUGGAGACUGCAACAAGUGCUUAAUAAAUGUUUUUUCAUUUUGGA